AUGAAUUAAGAUGUUAAUAAUGUUGCAUACGGCUAAGGUUAUUUGAUCAAUAGCAAAAAUGAGUAAGUUAUCCAAAUAAACAAAACCUAUGAUUCCUUUGUUCAAUAUGAAUAAGCUAGAAGUGAAACGCAAAAGAGAACUUAAAUUUAAGAUCCAACCAUAUGCAAACUUGUGAAGUUUACUACGAGUGAGUAGAAAUCGUUUUGUGGUCAACUCUUCGGAAUAUCAUUGUAAUAUUAAUAUACCGAAAAAUGUGUUGGAGAGAUGAAGAAACUCAGCCAGUUCGAUUGUCUACAGAUAAUUAGAGAUGUAACACAGGCUUUGUUGAUUUUCAUAUCAAAGAGAAUAAGACAUGGUCAGUUGAGUCCUUAAACAAUAUUGGCAACCUAAAAUAAUAGAUACUAAUUAACAGAUAUUCGAUUUAUAACUGACAUGUAUGAAUACAAGAUGCAGUUAAUUGGAUUUACAAAUUAAUGUUAUCUGGCUCCAUUUCUAGUCUACGAAUUGGGAAAGAGGACGAUGAAUCCUAUAUACAAUUAUGAGAAAUCAGAAGUUUUUUCUUUAGGUUUGGUAAUCCUGGAAUUAGCACUUUAAUAAUCUGUCUAAUCAGUUUAUGAUUUAUCCAAAUUCCAAGUCUCAUAAGAUGUAAUCAAUACCUAUUUGAGAGUGUUGUCACAGCAAUUUUAGCCUUCAUUUGUCGAUCUAUUAGCAAAGAUGCUCCAAGUAGAUGAAGAAUAAAGAAUCGAUCUAUAUUAAUUAGAAAAAGUGUUGGGUCAAAAGCAGAAUUUAAAUACGACAAUGAAUUCAUUAGGUACUCGGACUCAAAUGGACAAGGUUGUAAACAGCACAAGCCUAAACAAUAAAUAUCAAACAAAGAGUCCUUCUCCAUCCUAGAACAAUGUCAAUAAAUAACAUACCUAUCAUAUUUAAAAUUCCUAUACUUCAAACAACUACAGCACCACACAUUUAGAUAGAAAUCAAUAAAAAACGCCUCAAACUCAAAUGACUUUUUAUGUUCCACAGAGACAAUAAUAUAAUACUUAAUCAAAUUACCAUUCAAAAGCUCCUACUCAGUUGAAUUCAUCCCAGUUCUAUGAGAGAUCUAGAAAACAAAGUCCUGAAACUGCGGACUCCUAUCAUUUUAGUGAUAACAGACGAAUCAAAACAGAAUACGACUAUCAAAUUUCCCAUAAUAUUCAUUAACAUAGCUCAAAUAGCUUCAUUUCUCCUGAAAGGAAGUAAGAUGCUCAAUUAGAUUAACUAUUUAAUUAAUUUGGAGAGAAAUUGUAAAAGGUUAAAUAAAAAAUCCAUCAUCUUAGAAUAAAUACUCCUACAUCUUAGAGUCAAUCAUACAUUAAUCAAUCUUAUCAUUCAUAAUUUAUGGAAUCUGUGGAUGAAUUUCCAACUUUCAAACCAGAUUAAUUGCCAGACAAAAUUGAUGUUGCCAUGGAUCAAGGGUAAUUUUAGAGGGAGUUUCAUAAUUUUUAAUCCAAGAAUUAUAAUUUUAGAGCAUUGGAAAGGCCAAAUUAUAAUCCAAAUUCAUAUUAUGACGACAUGCAAGGAGAUGCUACAUUACCAACUUCAGGAACCAUUCAUAUGCACAGUAGUGGACCAGCCACGCUUAGUGAUUUUUUUUUGAAAAAAAAAUGA